AUGUCUUCGGCUUUUGCCGAACUUGGCGUUUGUGAUGAGAUCGUGCAAGGCCUCUACAAGAUUGGAUGGGCCCUUCCUACGGAUAUUCAAGCAGAAGCUGUUCCAUUGAUUCUUGGAGGAGGAGAUGUUCUCAUGGCGGCCGAAACAGGAUCUGGCAAGACUGGAGCGUUCUGUCUCCCAGUCAUUCAAAUCGUGAACGAGACAAAGCAAGAGUCUGGCAAGCCACAAAUAAAACGCUCCAAGCCUGCGGGGUCAGUGUCCUGCAAAUUGAGCAUGGAAGAGCGAUCGGAUAUCGUGGCCGUUUCGCCCGACGGAUUGCAAAUGCAGUGCCGUGAUUUCCGACUGUGGGGCGGUUGCCGAUCGACUUGGGCGACUAAAGAAAACGCUGUUGCUUUUUACGAAGUGACAUGCACCGACGAGGGAUUGUCGAGAUUCGGCUUUGGGACGAUCACAUGCGACUUGAACCUGGGAACGUGCCCUGAAGGUUUUGGCUUCGGCGGUACUGGAAAGAAAUCCAAUCGCCGACAAUUUGACAGUUAUGGGGAGCCCUUCGGACAAGGAGACAUUAUCGGUUGCUUGAUAGAUCGACAGAGGAACGAAAUCAAGUAUUUUAAAAAUGGACGAGACCUUGGCGUCGCUUUUCAAAUCCCGAAUUCGAUGAAUAAAGAGCCGCUUUAUGCCAUUUGCUGCUUGAAAAACGCAGAAGUGGCAGUCAAUUACGAUGGCCCUUUCAAGCACCCUCCAGGGGGGAAUUUCACUGCGUAUGGGAAGAUGGAUGCUUCAGUUAGAUUCGCUGCUGGAGCAGGACCUUCCGUCAAAACUGGUAAUACAAAGGGCCUUCCUAUGGCGAUCAUUCUUGAACCUUCCCGUGAGCUCGCCCAGCAGACUGAACAAUGCAUUGAAGACUUCUCUCAGUAUCUUCCCUCUCCGUCUGUAAAUUCAGUCUGCCUCGUCGGAGGCGGCGACUCGAGAUACCAAAAGCAAAUCGUUGAAGAAGGCGUCGACAUCGUGGUUGGAACGCCCGGUCGAUUGGAAGACUUUAUUAAUUCAGGCGUAUUGAAACUGGACAACGUCAGGUUCUUGAUCGUGGACGAGUGCGACGCGCUUCUCGCGCAGAAUCAACAGCGACUCAUCGAAAAUAUCCAUCGAAAAUGUCCUCACAUCUCGCCCGAAGGUCGUCGUUUGCAGAUGGUUGUCUGCUCAGCAACGCUGCACAAUUUCAAUGUAAAGAAACUGGCGCAGAAAUUGAUGAGCUUCCCGACUUGGGUAGAUUUGAAAGGCGAAGAUUCUGUGCCGGAUACAGUACAUCACUGUGUGGCAUUAGUUGAUCCGACAGAAGAUCGCUCCUGGUUUGAUUUGUAUCGAAACAAAAAGGGAAUUAUCACAGACAGGGUGCAUCAAUCCGACCAAGUCUCGAAUGCCGGCCAAAACUGCUCUGACGAAAGCGUUUCAGAAGGGAUUAAAAAGCUCAAGGGCGAGUACGUCGUUAGAAUUAUCAAAGCGCAUAAAAUGGAGAAAGCGAUAAUUUUCUGCCGAACAAAAUUGGAUUGCGACAAUUUGGAGCGACUCUUCAUCAAUAAUUACGGCGGCGGGCCCUAUUCCAAGGGAAACUCUGAUUUCUCCUGCGUCUGCCUUCAUUCAGAUAGAAAACCCAAUGAAAGAAAGGCGAAUCUUGAGCGAUUCAAGAGAGAUGAAGUUAGGUUUCUUAUUUGCACGGAUGUUGCUGCUCGAGGAAUCGACGUCAAGGGCGUGCCUUAUGUAAUCAACGUAACAAUGCCUGACGACAAAGCGAAUUACCUCCACCGGGGGAUUGGAAGGACCCGGGGAAACGGCUGCUUCAACACAAACGACAUCAAACACGGUGGAUGUACGAUUUGGUACAACGAGAUGGCACUUUUGGGCGAAGUAGAAGAUCAUUUGAAAGACACGAUUGAACACAUUGACCCAAAAACGAUGUUAGUUCCAGUGAACGAGUUCGACGGAAAAGUCGUUUAUGGAAGGAAGAACAUCGAGGGCUCCAACAACAUCCUGACUGGGCACUACCGCGAGCUACUUCCUACGCUAAACGAGCUGAAGCGAUUAGAAAAAAGUGCGCAGGGCUCGUUCAUUGAACUCUGCACUCGUGGAACAAAUAUUUUUGCGUAG